AUGAAGGUACCUCCUUUGUCGGGUUUACAGAGGCCUGCCCCCGUGGACAGGGACAGUGCGUCGGGCUCCCUGAGCAGGCACAGGUUCAAGGCACCCCCCGAGGAGAGGAACCAGGGCCAGACACGGCACAGCCGCUGUACCCAGGAACCCCCACCUCAUACUGGGGAACGAGAAGCUCCAGGGCAGACCGUAGAUCACGCCAAGGAACCCUCUGGUGACCUGACCGAGCUUAGGUCCUGCGCACCCCCCGAGGGGAGGAACCGGGGCCAGACACGGCAUAGCCGCUGUACCCAGGAACCUCCACCCCAUCCUGGGGAACGAGUAGUCCCAAGGCAGACCGGAGAUCCACCGAGGGCCCUCUGGUGCAUACCCCAGCCCAGCCGGAAGGGCGCUUCCGACCGGCUAGGGCCAAGGACAGGACCCAGUGGAGUCCAGCCAUUCCGGCUGGUUGGUCUGAUCGGACCCAGGGAGCCUCCCAGGGGGUCUCAGGACCAGCCGCGGCGAGCCGCUGCCUUCCAGAGCCCCCAUCGGGAUCGAGGGGACCCGGUGACGAUCCCCGUAGGUAGCCGUCACCCGGAACCCUCUGGCAUCCCCACCAGCCCCAGCCGAAGCCAAGGUCGGGAAGCCCAAGCCUCACGGGGGCCUCCCAAAGGGGAGACCCGGACCAGCCGCGGCGAGCCGCUGCCUUCCAGGCACCCCGAUGGGAAACGAGAAGACCCGGGACCAGCCGCAGCGAGCUGCUGCCUUCCCGGGAAAUCUCUAACCCCCUCCGGACCGACCCGGUCUAGACCAGUUGGUCCGAUCGUCCAGGCCAGCAACGAUCAGACCCAGGGAGCCACCCAAGGGGUCUCGGGAGACCCCGUUGGGAUCGGGAGGACCAGGUGCCGGCCCCCGGCCAGCCGCGGCGAGCCGCUGCCUCCCAGGGACACCCACCAGGAAGCGAGAAAACCCAGGACCAGCCGCAGCGAGCUGCUGCCUUCCAGGGAAAUCUCUAGCUCCCCCUACUCUGCUCUACCACCCUCAGCAACUUCCCGUGCCCCAUACACCGCACGACCCCGAGAAGAGCUCUAA